GCCCAAUAACCCACCUCCUAAAAGGCUAACAUCAAUUUGGUCUCUGCCAAGUCGAUUGUGCGACCCUCACUCUUUCGCCGGUGAACUUUACUGGGAAAUAACUAGCAGGGACGAGUAUGGCUUCCAAGAAAAACAAGAAAAAGAGAAAUAAUGCUGCCACAUCUAGUUCUGGAAAUGUACCUCGAGACAAUAAAACCCCCAAGGAACUAAAGGCUAAAGGUAAACUUGCAAAGAAGUCCUCUAACUUAAACUCUGCACAAAUGAAAGAAGCUGAGGGCGCUCCACAAUCUCAAUCCAGAAACAAGGAGAAGGCGGCAAAAGAUGGGAACCAAGGAAAUAAUUUUGAUAAAAAAGAUGCUAGAAAGCCCCAAUACAUAAGCAGUAGAAGCAAAGAAAAGAGAAGUACAAGUGAAAUGAGUGUAGAUGUGAAGGAUGGAAAAACUGAAAAGAGUAUCGGUGGAGUGAUUUUCAUGUGCAAUGCAAAGACCAAAGACGAUUGUUUUAGAUAUCAUGUGAUGGGUGUCUCAGCUAUGAAGAAAGACAUUAUUAUGGGAAUCAAACCCGGCUUCAAGCUUUUUCUCUUUGAUUUUGAUCUUAAGCUCAUGUAUGGUAUUUUUGAGGCGUCAUCUUCUGGUGGAAUGAAACUUGAACCGGCAGCAUUUGGUGGUGAUUUUCCAGCCCAGGUUCGCUUCAGGAUUGACAGGGACUGCCUUCCACUGCCGGAGAAUUUGUUCAAGAGAGCAAUUAAAGACAAUUAUGAUGAAAGGACGCACAAGUUCAAGACUGAGUUGACAUCUAAGCAGGUAGAGCAGUUGAUAAAACUGUUUAGGCCUGCACCAUGGUUACAUCCAACUUCCAAACAUUCUGUGUCUGAGCAAGUUAUUUGGCCACCAUCGGCAGCACCUUUGCCUAGGGAGGAACCCUCUAGGGAGCAUGUAUAUGGAAUGCAAUACAGUAGAAGCAAAGCAGGUGAGAAUUUUUCAUCAUAUAGUCAUGAAAGGCAGCAGCUUGCAGGCCACCAUGUCAUGCCUAGAGAGGUUGAGAGUCAACCCCGUUUCCUCACUGAGAAAGAAUAUAGAAGCUAUGGUCUUCAAUCAGCAAAGCAUCUGCAGCCUACUGCUUCUGCAGUAGUUGACCGCAAAUUGGAUCAUUAUGAUUCUGAACAAGGAAGGGAGCAGCUCCGAAGGAAUCCUGCCAGUGUUAGUAGCGAUGCAACUUUAGCACGGAAAGAAACUGUAUACUCUGAACCUUUAUUUCCAAGCGAAAGGGAGUACCGAACUUAUGGCCUCAGGGCUCGCGGUGAAAUACCUGUUACUGUUGAUCCUGCUGUAGAAAGUAGUACUACAGUAAUUUCAGCUAUACCUACUAAUCAUGGUUUACCAAAUCAUGUUAAGGAUACAUAUAAUCCUUAUGACGAGAGUACUGCCUCUCUUGUGAACCGAUAUCUCUUUCUGCCAAGGACGGUGGUAACACCUGUAGAGUCAUACUCUUCGGCAGGCAGAGACUCUUUUGCAAGGGAUCCCUAUUCUGCAAUUGACAUCAGAGGCGAUACUGGAAGAUUUCAUACUGAAAAUGAAAGAGCAUAUCCACCGUAUGCUCCUCAACUUCCACCAGACUACGGCCUAAAAUAUCACCAUCUUAGGGAUGAGCCUAGAUACUCCUCAACUUCAGUCUCAUCUCGCUAUUCUGGGGGACCAUCUGCACCUCGUCACUAAACUGCUGCAAUCUGCAUCCUCAAAUCUUCCAUGUCUUAGUUAAAGUUAUGUUUAUGAAACUGAUGAGCUACAGGUCAAGUUCAUCAACAAGGAAGUUCAUUUCUCAGAUUUGCUGAUAGCAAAGACAAGGUCUCUGCUACAUGACUUCUCUGAGGGGUUCUGGGUUAAAAAAGAUGACAUGAUUGUAUUUUUUCCUGUACAAGUAGAGAACCAUAAUGCUGACACCUUCCCUUUUGGGAUUUGCCUUGAAUUUGUUGUUUGUGUUAUGAAGGAGUAACAUGGUGCUGUUGAUUUGCUUCAUGCAAUCUGAUCUGAUGUUUAUUCAUAUGUAGGAUCAUUAUGUUAAGGAUGAUGUAGCAUAGCGUGUAUGCUUGAGAUUCACAGUGCAAUAGUGGCAUUGGCCUCUGGCAUGAUGUUAUUUGACCUGUAACUUGCUUUUAAGCUUCAGGGUAUGCAACUGAGCUAGAACGGUCGUUGUCUGGUUGACUUCUAGGAGGAAUGAUCAUUGUGUAAAAUUCAGCAUUGUUUUAUACAUCAUUUGGUGAC